GUGUUACAGAAUUCGCGUCUGGGCCGCCGUCCAUUUGCGAUUAGUAGGGAUUCGAGAGGUCACCGCACCGAUUCAACUCCGAUGCGGUCUAUUUUUGUUGAUAUGCUCCGUCUUCUUCGAUUAGUCAGACGCCCAACCCUUUUUAGUCGCUAUAAUUGCAUCUAGUCGCGACCGGCCGUGAAUAAUGGCAGUUUGGGACUCAGUACGACCGAAAUAAAAAAGGGAGGAAACCUUAUUAACUCAUUUUUUAUUUAUUUCUCGGUUCUGCAACUUUUGUUCCUCUAUUUUCUUGUAGAAACUGCAAAGUUAGAUGAUUUGGUGGCAAUUAGCAAGCUACUUUUAUAUAUCUAAAACUCUACGAGGGUAGAAGUUGAAGCUAUGAUGUUGCCAAUUAAAAUAAAUUUGUUUAAACAAUAUUCUGGCCUUUUUUUUCUUUUUCCUUUUUUGGGAUUUUUACUUUAAUCUUGGGUUUGAGAACCAGCCUUUGUUUCAAUUUUCCUCCUUCGUUGUGUUUCUUUGAGAUAUAUGUAUCUCUCGAUCUCGAUCGCCGCGACAAUCUUCUCGACCAUCCAUCGGCACCUUUGGUAACUUUGCCUUUAUGGAUUUCAUCCUCACUUGGGUUAAACAUUUGACUGCUAUUGGCAUUUCUAACCUUUUAGUUGGUGCCAUGGACGCCAAACUUGUGACUGCCUUGUAUUGGAAAGGAAUUCAAGUUCUUGAUAUGUGCAGCCACUUGAGCACAGCCGAUGUUGGCUGGGGAUACCCUACAUUUCAUAAAUGGGUAGAGAAAAAGCUAUUCUCAUAGAUUCUCUCCUUCCGUAUGGCUAUGAGAUCCUGAUGUGUGAUACAGACAUGGUGUGGUUGAAGAUGUCCUAACUUCAAGUGAUCAAGUUUCGCCAACUGUCACAGAUGACAGAUUGUGUAUCUGGCAACAAGAUAAAAACAAAUAAGGUCAGCACAUGCUGUUGCAUAUUGUUGAACCGCACACUGGUAAGAAAACUUCAGUUGCUUGACAUGGUUGACAUAACAGUUUGUGUUCUUGAAGUUUAAGAAUAAAUUUCUUGAAAAUAGGUGCUAUUUUGAAUUUUGAUAGGUAGCUAGUUAGUAGCUGAAGGUGCUAUUGCCACAUCUUUUAUCAAGUUUUUGCAAUCAUACAUUAACCACCCUGCUUGCCUGAUAUAUCAAAACUUGUAGUAUGAUCCUGUUUGGAAGACCUAUAACAACUGUCAGACUAUUCGUUAGUUUGGGAAGAUUUAAACUGUUACUUUUUGUUUAAUUGAAAUUUCAGGUUAUUAUUGGUAUAGAAGAUCAAUAUAAUCAAUUUUGCUAU